UUGAAGCAGCCGACCGCCUUCUUUGCUUGAUGUCGAGGCCACAAGCCUAUGCAGUCGUAAAGUAAUGCUAGUGGCACCAUUGCAAGUAAAGGCUGAAUGGGCAUGAUAACGGAAAUGUGUAAAAUACUUCCAAAAUAAUUCCUUCAAGACAAAGCAUUUAUUUCUCGAGGAUAAAAAGAUUAGUAUAAGAUUUCAAAACAUCACUUGAAGCAUUUAUCUCUUGGCUAAAUCCAUCGAUUCUGUCUCCUCAAUGGAUAAAGUUGUGAGUUACGAGGAUUCAGUUCAUGUCGUGGAUCGCUCGGUGUUUCCACGCUGCAUAACCGCUGAUAUCUUGAAGGAGAUAAAGGAGUUGACUGUCCGAGAAGACGAUGUCUGGCUGUGUUGCUUCCCCAAAUCAGGAACAAAGUGGUGUGCUUCGAUCAUUUACCACGUCUUGAGCUUGAGGGGUUUGCUGGACACUAAGACAACAGAUAAAGAAAUAGGCAUGCCUAUUGAGAUCAACUUUCCCAUUGAGUCCGUUCUAAGAGAUUUCCCGAAUGCUCGACUGCGUCAUCAUGUAAUUGCUGAGUGGCAGUCUCCUCGCAUCUUGACUUCUCACUUAGAAGUACGUCGGCUUCCAGACAAAAUAUUCACCAGGAAACCCAAAGUGAUAUACGUCAUGCGCAACCCGAAGGACUCCGCUGUGUCAAUGUACAACUACCAACCACCCAGUUGCCCAUAUGUCCUUAAAUGGGAGACCGUCUGUCAAACUUACCUCCAUGGAGAAUUUGCCUUCGGACCGUGGUGGGAUCACGUUCGGGGAUACUGGGGUCAUCGAAACGAAGACAACUUUCUUAUUUUAUCGUAUGAAAACAUGAAACAGGACCCUGCAUCUGCAGUGCAGAAGAUUUCUAAUCAUCUUGGAGUUACUCUGACUGACAAUGAAGUACGUGGCGUGGUGGAAGCCACGUCAUUUGAAAGCAUGAAGAAACGAGCAGUCAACACGCCAUUGCACAGACAUUUCCGGACGGGUCAAGUAGGCAACUGGAAGAACUAUUUCACCGUGGCGCAGAGCGAGGCUUAUGAUGCGAAAGUCGAGAGAUUUUGUCAGGAAACAGGUAUUACCUUUCAAUUCUGACCAACUUGGAAUCAUACACGUUAUGAGUCCAGGCAAUGAAUUUACAAAGGAUGAAUUCAUUCGAAAAUUCGAUGGGGAAAUAAUGUGAUUGUGUCCAUAAAAUACCCAGCAUGAACCGCUAGUUUUGCACUGUAGUGGAGAUUAGUCUUUGGGUGCAUUUUUUUCCAGUGAAGGAGAAAGGUUUAUUUAGAGGAUGAUUAAAUUUAAUUCAGCAACUAAAAUUCAAGUUUAAGAAAACGUCUUAGAGCAAUUUGCGUAUACAUGAAAUAAGUUGUGAAAAAUAAGGCGCCUUAAAUUUAUUUCUUGUGCUAUUUUCUAGCUAGAUUUGUUAGUUUAUUUAAAAGGGGAUGUUUUCGUUUCUACUUCAGCCGAAUGAACAAGGAUAUGCGUGCCUUUUUCAUGGAAUAACAGUGUUACUUCAUGAUAUUGUUAACUUGUUGGAACGCGAUGCCUUUAACAGCUCAAGAGCAGACUCAAACUUGUUAAUAUAAAUCUCGGCGCCAGUUCGGUAUUCCAACAGCACUCUUGCACAAAUUGAAUUGAGAGCGUCAUAUCUAAGUUAAAUUUUGACAAUCUGAAUUUUCAACUUCUCAUUUUUAACAAGGAGAGCUGCAAUCAGUCUGUUUUAAUGAAAACCUGCAAAAUACACCUUUUUGUCUCAUUUAAGCUCAUUUUCGAAUUUGUUUCAAAUGUUUGUUGUCACACUAAAGAGUAUUUCUCUACUCAUAAACACAAAUGUGAUGCUAUACCGGGAAGAUAACCUCAAUGUAACAGUAGUCUGUACCCAAAAAUGUCCUGCAUAUUUGUAGAUUUUGCUGGACUAAGUUUUAUCUUCUUUGCUGAUUAAUUGUUGUUUGUAUGCACACCAAUAAGUAAGCAUUAAUCCCUUCUCAGAUAUGUUUGCAGUGUGUGAAGUUUCUGUUCACAAACAGAAAAACCUUUGUACUGAAGUAUUUGCACUUUGCACGCUGCCUCCAUAGGCGUGCAGAGCCUCGAACUUGCAAAUUGUACAAUCUUCCCUGGUGGACUUCAUAGUAACAGCGACCUCCUUUUUGCAGUUAUUUAAGUAUGGAUAGUUUAUGGCUGAGUUUGGGCGGCUUGUUCUCGUUUGUUCACGAACAGCUCGAUUUUUUGUUGGUGGGUCGG